AUGGCCGCAGUCGACAGCGCAACGCUCGGGUUCCCCCGCAUGGGCCCGAACCGCGAGCUCAAGUUUGCGCUCGAGAAGUUCUGGCGCCACAAACUCAGCGAGAGUGAACUCCUGGACGUCGCGCGCGCGGUCGAAGAAGCCAACUGGCGCAAACAGGUGGCCGCCAACGUCACGCGCGUGGGCGUGGGCCUCUUUUCGCUCUACGACCACGUGCUCGACUGGACGUACUACUUGGGCCUCGCGCCCCCGCGCUUUGCGUCGGUCCCCUCGGGGCUCGCGCAGUACUUUGCAAUGGCCCGCGGUGUCGACGGCAUCCCGGCGCUCGACAUGACGAAAUGGUUCGACUCGAACUACCACUACGAAGUCCCGGAGCUCAGUGCCACGUCGUCGCCGGUGGCAAACUUUAGUUCGUACGUGAGCACUGUCCAGCGCGCGCUGACCGUCGUGGGUACCACGCAGACGGUACCCAUCCUCCUCGGUCCGUUGACGUACUUGGACCUCAGUAAGUACGACUCGACCACCACGUUCGACGAGCUCCUGGCCAAGAUCUUGCCGCUCUACACGGCGCUCUUGCAUGACCUCGUUGCCCUGGGCGUCCAGGAAGUGCAAGUCCACGAGCCGUCGCUCGUUGGCGCACACGCUGACCAACUGGCAGCGUACUUGCCGACCGUGUACGGCUCGAAGAACCAGCGAGGCGCGAUCCAGCACGACGCCGUUGCGCUGAAUCUCGUCACGUACUUUGAAGAGAUCUCGAGUGACGUGUACCAGUGGUUCCUCUCGUCGCCCGUGGCCGCGCUGUCGCUGGACUUUACGCGCGGCGACAACCUGUCGGUGCUUCGGCAGUUCGGGUUCCCCGCUGGCAAACGCCUUGGCGCGGGACUGAUUGACGGGCGCAGUGUGUGGAAGUUCAACCCCGACACGGUCGUGGCGCAGGUGAAGGAAAUCAAGCAGGUGCUGGCUGCGUCCGCGGACACUUCGCUGACGAUCCAGACGAGCUCGUCGUUGCAGCACGUGCCGUACACGACCGAGUGUGAACAGGCGCUGAAUGCCGGCGAGACGGACGGUCUGCUGGGAGUACUGAGCUUCGCGUACGAGAAACUGGCCGAGCUGGAGGUGGUCAAGAAGAUUGCCGAGAGUGGAGACGAGGCUGCGAAGGGCGAGAUUGAUGCUGCGAAGAAAGCGUGGGCGGUGUACUACGAGAAGAACCCUGCGAAAGCGGCCGUGCAGUCCCGUCUGGCUGCCGUCACCGAGUCGGACUUCAAGCGUCUAUCGCCGUUUGAGGAACGUCGCCCGUCGCAGUUGCAGGGGCUACCGGUGCUGCCGACGACGAGCAUUGGCUCGUUCCCGCAGACGCCACAGAUCCGUGCACUGCGUCGCAAGCUCAAGGCCGGUGACAUCACUCUCGAGCACUACCGCGGUAAAAUUGACGAGCAGAUUGCCUACAACGUUGGCGUGCAAGAAGCUCUGGGCUUGGACAUUCUGGUCCAUGGUGAACCGGAGCGUACCGAUAUGGUCGAAUACUUUGCGGAGAAGCUAAACGGGUUUGCGUUUACCCAGAAUGGAUGGGUACAGAGCUACGGCUCGCGUUGCGUGCGUCCUCCGAUCAUCUUCGCUGACCUCGAGCGACCGAGCGACAUGACUGUGCGUGAGUUUGUCGUCGCGCAGUCGUUUACGAGUAAGCCAGUGAAGGGCAUGCUGACUGGCCCCGUGACGAUCUUGAACUGGUCGUUCCCGCGCAAGGACAUUAGCCGCAAAGACCAGGCUUUCCAGCUCGCUCUGUGCUUGCGCGACGAGGUCGCCGACCUCGAAGCAGCCAAGUGCGUUGUGAUCCAAGUCGAUGAGCCUGCUCUUCGUGAAGGCAUGCCGCUGAAGCCUGCGAAGAAGGACGAGUACCUGAACUGGGCUGUGGAUGCGUUCCGUCUGUCGACAGCUGUCGCGAAGAACGAGACCUCGAUUCACACGCACAUGUGCUACUGCGAGUUUGCCGACUGCAUGCACGCGAUUGACGCGAUCGACGCAGACGUGAACUCGAUCGAGAACGCUCGAUCUGACGAUGAGACGAUUCGCGAGUUCAAGUCGAUCGGGUACAAGCGCGACCUGGGUCCAGGCACGUACGACAUCCACUCACCUGUGGUGCCACCCAAGGAAGAGAUUGUGAAGAAGCUGAAGAGCUUCUUGAACCUGCUGCCCGCGAAGCAAGUCGUCGUGAACCCCGACUGCGGUCUCAAGACCCGCAAGUGGCCCGAGACGAUUGCUGCUCUGCGCAACAUGGUGGACGCGACGCUCGAAGUCCGUGCUUCUUUGUAG